CGGAGCUUGAAUAUUGAACUUGUAAGUGUUGUCUGCAGUGAUAUCAUAACACUGCAAUAUGAGGACGCGCUCAUAUGACCGCCACCCGUCUCCAUCCCUGGGCGAGACACAGGUGUAACUGGGGCAAAAGGUAGGCAUGGGGAAUAAAAGGAGGAGGAAGGAUGCCAGCUGAGCCCCUGAUCCCUCUGCAACUGCCCCCGACACCAGCGUUAGACUAAAGAAAAAGACAGAAAAUGGCUCAGUCCGUGAGGAGGCCGGAGACUCUAGGAGCCAUGGACCAUGAGCCCCAGAGGGACAAGACCAGGACCAGCUACUUUGGCAACGUCAAGACCAGGCUGGGUUCCAAGCUUCCUCCUGGCGUCUCUCAGCCUCCACAGUUCGCUAAGCGGCCCUGGGAGACUCAACCUCAGGCCCGAGUGAUGCAGGAGCCCACAGCCAGCAGCCAGCGUCUGCACCAAGCCGCCGUGGGCCGGCCUCUCAACCACACCCCCCACAUCAGAAACCCCAAACUGCGGCAGUACUACCUGCAAGGGACUUCAUGGGAUCUGAACAAUACUGCGGUGAAGCAGGAACAUAUGAGUGGCCCGUCAGAUGACAGCACAAGCAGCAGGGGUCUCCCCGGGGACACGGUGUUCAGCGUCUCCUCUCAGUUCAGUAGUAAUGGUACAUCCUCAGCAGAAGAGGGCAAACUGGGACACCGCCCCUCCAUUUCAACUUUACCCUCCUCGUCUGCUACCCUCAUCCCCAGAGAGCAGCUGGUCGUACCGAAGGGAAAAAACACUCCUGCUGGUCGAGAAUCGUCUCAGCCAGAACUGGACUCUGAUCCUAAAUUGAAGCAAGAGGCCGAGGCUGAUCCGGACUCUUCGAAAACUCUCGCUGCUCAACCUCAGCCGCCCUCACCAGAGGCUGAAUAUGACAAACUACUGGAUGUGGAGGCGGUGCCAAUGCCUGAUGGACAGCUCUGCUUACUGGCUCUGCCACCGGAGUGCUGUCAGGGCGAGGGACCGGAGGCCAUGCCGUACCUCAAACUGUUCUGCCGCUACAUCACAGACCGUAAGGGUGUGGUUUCAGGCAUCCUGCUGGUGACAUCUAACAAGAUCUUCUUUGACCCGUGUAAGACGCACGCUCUGGUGAAGGAACACGGCUGUGAGGAAUACCUGCUGUCGUGCUCCGUUGACAAUCUGGCAUCUGUGUCCUUCUUCUCUGACAUCUCACGUGUUCACUUCAACACGUCCCAGCAGAGGAGAAAAGGAAAGAAAAUUUUCCAGAAGUUGAGGGGUGCCAAAAGCCGAGCAGGCGGCUUCCCAAACCCAAAGGGGGAGUCGGUGCCAGCUCUGGUGUCUGUGGCUCCGUCAGAUUUGUCCAGUCUGGCUCUGGGCCUGACCAGAGAGGUUUCUGUGGAGGAGGAGGCAGAGAGCAGAGACAUGGCGGAGGCUGAGGGGGAGCUUGAUAGCAGCCCGCUGGAGGUGCUGUCAGAGGCAUCUGUUGGUGGCCUGGGCGUGGCCGUCCUGAGCAGCGCUGCCACCUUCUGCUGUGGAGGUCAAGAGGCGGCGAGUAAAGUGAAGAAGGAGCUGCUGCAGAUGGAUGAAGCAGGGAAGUCGUCUGUGAAGAGUCUGACUGCAGUGCCUCGGAGGUCAUCAGCAGGGAGUCCUGGGAGUCUGAUGUUUGUGCGGCUGCGGGUUCAGCCGUCUGCAGGGAAGAAAAAGGGUGCAGGAGGCCUUCAGCUGGGGUCUGCCAAAACCUUACCCAGAAGGGACGCCUGGCUCGCCCUUUCACAAGAGAGCUCUGAUGAGCUGUACGCCUACCUUACACACUGCCGACCCGACUUGUGCAUACUUGAGGGAGGGGAGGAAGAGGGCGAGGCAGGCCGUGACGAAGAGGAGUUUGUACUCAUUGAGGACAAAGAGGAAGAAGAGGAAGAGGAGGAGGAAGAGGAGGAGGAGGUGUUUCAGAGACACCGCAGCACAGGGGACGACUGGGAGAUGGUGUUGAUGGAAGAGAGUGUAGACAAGCCGACCCUGGUCAUCGACAGGGAUCCUGAUGGACUCAACAACAUCGUGGAGAGCAGCCACAUUUUACAGGCUCCACAUGUCAGAGAGCUAUGUAAGGAACUCCCCCCGAGGACAGUUGGCCACAGCUGGCAGCUGACUUACAGCACGUCUCGCCACGGCGCCAGCCUCAAGUCCCUGUACAGAAAGCUCAGUGCCACAGACUCGCCUGUGCUUAUCGUCAUCAAGGACGCACUUGAUGAGGUAUUUGGAGCGUUCCUCUCUCACCCUCUGAGGCCCAGUGAGACGUUCUAUGGCACAGGAGAAACUUUCCUCUUCAUGUUGCAUCCUCGCUUCAAGUGCUUCAGGUGGACUGGAGAGAACUCCUUCUUUAUUAAAGGAGACUUGGACUCCUUUGCCAUUGGUGGAGGCAGCGGUCACUUCGGUCUGUGGGUGGACGAGAAUCUGUACUUGGGUCGCAGCAGCCCCUGCUACACUUUCAACAACUGUUGCCUCUCGGAAACGGACGACUUCCGGGUGAUGGAGCUGGAAGUGUGGACAUUCGGCUGAAGAGUUCGCCGAGUUUCUCUUUGACUCACCUCGUCCCUGCUGAUCAGCUUUAUCAAGACAGCAUUUAUCACUGAGCAUUCAAAGACAAAUACGACCACUCAUCGGUAACUUCCAUGUUUAAAAAAAAAACUACCACAAACUGCUGGAUUUAUCCGUGUGAUUAAGUGCUGAACUGAACUGCA